ACUCUUAUUUUAUUUACUUUAUUUUAUUUUAUUUUGUUUCUUUUUUAUUCUUCUUUACUAUCUGUUUUCGUACACUACACUAGUUUUUACCUUUUAUUUAUUUAUUUAUUUAUUUAUUCUUUUUUUUCUAUUUAUAGAUUCUUUUGUUGUUGUUUGGCUCGAGUCAUUGUUUUAUAGGUCGGUGACCUUUGAUGACUCUCACUUUUCGUGAAUAAAAAUUCAUUCAUUCAUUCAUUCAUACUUUACUUUUGUCUACAAUAAUUUAUCUGAUUGUGUUGAAUAAUAUCAUAAAUGUUUAACUGUCUUUUCUAAUUCGUACACAGAAUAGCCAAGUUUUCAGAAAUAAGAAGAUUAGAUUUUUUCAUGCUUUUAUAGGUCAGUUGGUAUUAUAAGUAAUUUACAAAUUUCUAAAAAAAUUACUAACAUCUGCAAUAUAUACUACAAUUUUUAGCACUGUUUUAGAUGAAAGUAGUUGGUUAAGCAAAUGGCUACGGUUGCUUCAGAUACGUUGACGAGUACACACUCUGGUGGGUUGUUGAAGAAAGUAAUUCAACUGAACUUAUAUUUGAUUUUGUUUUUUUUCUAUUUGAAGACGAAGAAUACAGAGUGUCAUCAACUGACAAAAAUGGUUAUGAUGAUGAACGUACAAUAGAUGAGGAAGAACAGAAACAACAAAUGUCAGCAGAAGAAAUUCAAAUUGAAUUAGCCGAACUACAGGCGGAGGGAGAAAUCCCAAUUCAUGAACUAUUGAAAUUAUACAGCUGUUUACCAGAAAAUACAAAUGAAAAAAUCCAACAUCAGGACAAUGAUAGUUUUGAUGAUGAAUCCUCUCUAUCGUCAUCAUGUAGCACAUCUGAAUCAUCUCCACAUAAUAUAGAAUAUGAACAAUUAUUAAACAAUUCAAAAGACGAAUGUACUGAGGAAUCCGACGAAGAACAAAAUGAUCCAUCCUAUACCAUUGAAUCAGAAAAGUUAAUUAAUAUUGGAGAAGAAUAUCAGGCUGUUGUGCCAGAUACUGUCGCAUUGAAUGAAAAUGAUCUAGUGAAAGAUCAAAGUCAGUUAUUAUGGACUCCAUGUGCCAAUGAACUAUCGCUUGAUCAAUACCUUUCACUUUCCACUGCAGAAUGUCCAACAGCUGAUCAAGAAAUAUCAUUAGAAAUAUUUAUGAAUUGUAAUUAUAAUACUGAACAAGCAUUAGAAAAAUUGAAGAAUACGUCCAAAAAAAAUAUUUAUCCACUAAUAUCAUGGCCAUUAGAAGAAUGUGAUUUAUUUGAACAAAGUUUGAAAGAAUUUGGAAAAGAUUUUUAUAAAAUUCAUUUAUAUAGACUUCCAAAUCAUAGCGUUCAUGAAUUAGUUUGUUUCUAUUACACAUGGAAGAAGACCGAUCGUCACAAUGAAUUUAUUCAGUCAAAUCAAGUUGAAAAACAACGUCGAUUUCAUAUUACAUGUAGUGAAAUAUUUGAAAAAUUUCUUGAUGAACAAGAACAACAAGUAUUUGCUAGUUGUGAACAUCAACAACUUAUAGCAACUUGUUCAAGUUCAUUAUUAUCAACCGAUAUUAAACGUCGUUCACCACUGCCAACAUCAUGUUCAAGCUCAAUUAUCAUUCCACAACAACAGACAGCAGAAAAACGAUCUUAUGAAGAAUAUCACUAUCAGCAAGAAACGACAAAAAGAGUUUGUACAGAAAAUGAUCAAAUUACAAAAAAAUUACCAGUUGUCAGUGAAUAUGAACAACCAGAAGUUACUCUUUGA